GUUGUUUUUGUAGCCAUUUUGCUUCACAGUCACUUGGAGUGCAGGGAGCCUCUUCUGAUCCCAAUCUUGUCCUUAUACAUGGGAGCCCUUGUCCGAUGUACCACAUUAUGUCUCGGAUACUACAGGAACAUACAUGACGUCAUUCCUGACAGAAGUGGGCCUGAAAUGGGGGGAGAGGCUACAAUAAGGAAGAUGCUGAGUUUCUGGUGGCCUUUGGCGUUAAUUUUGGCAACUCAGCGAAUAAGCAGGCCCAUUGUCAAUCUUUUUGUUUCCCGGGACCUAGGUGGCAGUUCUGCAGCCACAGAGGCGGUGGCGAUUCUGACAGCUACGUAUCCUGUGGGACACAUGCCGUAUGGCUGGCUGACAGAGAUCAGAGCAGUAUACCCUGCUUUUGACAAGAAUAACCCCAGCAAUAAAUUGGUGAACACCAACAGCACCGUCACAGCAACACAUAUCAAGAAGUUCACUUUUGUUUGCAUGGCAUUGUCCUUAACG